AGCAACACCAUGCCUGGACACCUUGGUCAGAAAAUACUGUCGAAAAUCGGCCUAGACGACCAUCGAGGUCACCACGGCUCCUCUCACGGCCCCUCAUCUCGAGGUCCCCCACUCCACGUUUCCCGCACCGUCCACGAGGACGAACGCCUCGUCCGCUCUCAGCCCCGCGGCACGUAUCCUCGACUCGCGAAACUGUCUGAUGGCAGCAUUCUCUCUGCAUGCACCUGCUUUGACGGUCCAACAAGGAUCCUUCACAUCGGCAAAAGCACAGAUGGCGGCCGGCAUUUCGAGGACUUCGCCGAGGUGACCCGUGGAAACGGCGAUGUCGACAAUAUGUACAUCCUGGAGGUGGCGCCCAACACCGUUCUCGCGGCCUUCCGCAAUCACGAUCUCGGUCCCAAUGGCCCCACGCAUUUCCGCAUCACGGUGUGCCGGUCGACAGAUGGCGGGAAGAGCUGGCGGUUCCUCUCGCAGGCGGCGGAAAAGAAACCGCCACAUGGUAUCUGGGAGCCGUUCAUGCGUAUGGGAAGGCAAGGAGAGGUUAUGUUGACGUAUUCUGAGGAGUUCGCGCACAACAACCAGUGCACGAUGCUGGUGCGGUCGACGGACGGAGGAGCCACCUGGAGUCCGCCGCAGUGCCUUGAGGGAAAGAACGAUCCGUAUCGAGAUGGGAUGAACGGGAUCGCAAAAACAUUUGAUAAUGGGCGCGAGGCGCUACUUAUGGUGUUUGAGACGACGACGUUUGGCACCUUCAACCUUGAGGCGCUGAUCUCGUAUGACGAUGGUUACACAUGGGGUCAUCGGCAUCGGGUCUACGUGCCACCACGCGGCCACAAUGCGGGAUCUCCGCAGGUCGCUUCGUUUGGGGAUGGCUCGUUGGCGGUGAUCUUCAUGACGGAUGAAGAUCAUUCCCAGGUGAAAUGGACAAGGAACGCAUCCAUCAAGGUUGUUUACGGGACCCCUCCAAAUAACGGUCACAUUCAAUGGUCGCCUCCGGCGGUUAUCUGUCCCCAUCUGAGCCAUUGGCCGGGUAUCAUGGCGUUGGAUGACCGCACGCUGCUGGCGACGUAUGAAUGUGGCGGGCCCAAGGUCAAGUCGAUCACGCUGCAGUGA